AUGUCGAAAAUCACUUCAAGAUUCUUAGAAUUAUGCAAACAAAGACGGUUGCCUGGAUAUCAUGUCCAAUCCAUGCCAUCUAAAUUUGAUAAUAUUGUGGUAGGAAUGUCUGGUGGAGUAGAUUCUUCUGUAUGUGCUGCAUUAUUCGCAGCUUACCCGAACGUUCAUGGAGUAUAUAUGCAAAAUUGGGGCAAAGAUCAAUCAUUGACUAGACCAGAGGAGGAUCCAUGUUAUGAGAAAGAAUGGAAGGAUGCAGAAAAAGUAGCGAAACAUUUGAACAUCCCAGUGGAGUUUGUGAAUUUUGAGAAAGAUUAUUGGCUAAAUGUGUUCGCGCCUAUGUUAGAACAAUAUAGUAUGGGCUAUACACCAAAUCCUGACAUCGGUUGCAAUCAGUUUGUUAAAUUCGGAAAGUUGAUGGAUCAUCUGGAUGUGAAGUUCGGUAAGAACAACUACUGGUUGGUGAUGGGACAUUAUGCUCGAAUACUACGAAGAGAUAGUGGUCCAGAGAGAUCUGAACCACACUUGAUGCGCGGAUUGUAUCAACAGAAGGAUCAAAGUUAUUAUUUAUCACAAGUUUCUGUUCCUUCUUUAAAUCAAAUGAUUUUACCAAUUGGUCACUUGACGAAACCGGAAGUUAGAGAGAUGGCCAAAGAAGUAGAUUUACACACUGCCACAAAACCCGACUCUCAGGGUAUAUGUUUUGUGAACAACUCACAGCAUGGGAAGUUUAAGAAUUUCCUAAAAGAAUAUCUACCUAUGGAACUAGGAAACAUCAUUACCAUCGAUGAGCUGACUGGUAAGAAGACGGUGUGGGGAAAGCAUCCUGGAAUCUGGUCCUAUACAAUUGGUCAGAAAAUUGGAAUAUCACUUCCUCAAGGUGAUCCAAGAUAUCAAGGCGCAUGGUAUGUCAGCGAGAAGAAUAAACGCACAAGAGAAAUCGUAAUUGUCAGAGGAAAGGAUAACAAUAAUUUGUUUAAAGACGUGGUAACGGUUAAACACUUCAAAAUACUCUCCAAGAAUCCACUAUCUAAAGAAGAAUUAAACGAAGCUAUAAAUAAAGAAACGCUACACAUGCAAUUUAGAUCCUUACAGACCCCAGUCAAAGUAACAUCAGUUGAGUGGAUAAAUUCGAAUGAAUUUUCUUUGAAACUGGAGCGCAAAGAAAGAGCAAUGGCACCUGGUCAGUACUGCUGUUUAUAUGUGAAUGAGAGGGUCAUUGGAAGUGGGAUAAUCGACUGUGCUCGAUAG